AGGCUUAGAAAAAAUCCUAGCCAAUCUAAUGGCUGAGGGGCGGAGCCCGAGGCGGGGCCGCAGACCAAGCUGCCGCGGAAGAUGGCGGCUGAGGCGCUGAAUGGAGGGGAGGCGCCGGUCUGCGACUCCGACCGGAGUGAUGCCAUUUGCAAUUUUGUCAUUUGCAAUGACUCUCCCCUUCGAGGCCAGCCUAUUAUCUUCAAUCCUGACUUUUUUGUGGAGAAACUCCGACAUGAGAAACCAGAGGUGUUCACUGAGUUGGUGGUCAGCAAUAUCACAAGACUUGUUGAUUUGCCUGGAACUGAGUUGGCUCAGCUGAUGGGUGAAGUGGACCUUAAGUUGCCUGGUGGGGCUGGCCCAGCAUCAGGAUUCUUCAGGUCUUUAAUGUCUCUCAAGAGGAAGGAAAAAGGAGUGGUGUUUGGAUCUCCAUUGACUGAGGAAGGCAUUGCUCAGAUAUACCAGCUGAUUGAAUAUCUGCACAAAAACUUGCGAGUAGAGGGCUUGUUUAGAGUACCAGGCAACAGUGUCCGACAGCAGCUUUUGAGGGAUGCUCUCAAUAAUGGGACCGACAUCGAUUUGGAUUCAGGAGAGUUUCACUCAAACGAUGUAGCCACGCUGCUGAAGAUGUUUCUAGGAGAGUUACCAGAGCCCCUGCUGACCCAUAAACAUUUUCAUGUACACCUCAAAAUUGCUGAUCUGAUGCAGUUUGAUGAUAAAGGAAAUAAGACUAACAUACCAGACAAGGAGCGGCAGAUUGAGGCCCUGCAGCUGCUCUUCCUAAUCCUCCCUCCAGCCAAUCGGAACUUGCUAAAGUUACUGCUUGAUCUCCUGUAUCAAACAGCGAAGAAGCAAGACAAGAAUAAGAUGUCUGCCCAUAACCUUGCUCUUAUGUUUGCGCCCCAUGUCCUGUGGCCCAAAAAUGUCACUGCAAAUGACCUUCAGGAGAAUAUCACGAAGUUAAACACGGGGAUGGCUUUUAUGAUCAAACACUCUCAGAAACUCUUUAAGGCCCCUGCUUAUAUUCGGGAAUGUGCCAGAUUGUACUAUUUGGGCUCCAGAACUCAAGUGUCAAAGGAUGAUCUUGAUCUGACAACCUCAUGCCAUGCCAUGUCCUUCCAACGGGCAAGACCUCAGAAACAGAACAGGGUAGAUUCCUAUUCUCAGCAGGAGGAGACCCAGCAGCACACAGAAGAGGCGCUGAGAGAACUCUUCCAACAUGUUCAUAACUUGCCUGACUCGGCGAAGAAGAAACAACUUAUCAGACAGUUCCAUAAGCAGUCUUUGACUCAAACACCAGGGAGAGAACCUUCUACCCCCAGGGUCCAGAAGAGAGCCCGCUCACGCUCCUUCAGUGGGCUUAUCAAGCGCAAAGUCCUGGGCAGUCAGAUGACUUCAGAAAAGAAAAACAGUUCCCCUGCUCCAGAGUCUGUGGCCAUGGAGGAACUGAAGAAAGCCAGCAAAGAGAAUAUGAACCUGUUUUCUCGUUGCAGUUCUUCUCUGGCUCUCCAGCUGUCACAGUGACACCAAUGAGAUUGAAAUGGUCUGAGGCGAAGAGAGAGGGGAAAAAAGGAUUCUUUUGAAGGAUCUACUUACUACUUCUGUCCUCCACAGUGAAGUUUCUCUUCAGUGGGACAAGUGUUAUUUCUGUUCUCAGUGAAGUUUGGACCUGCAGCUUGCUUGCUGCCUUGUGAAAGCCAACUUAAACCCUGACCCGACUGAUACCUCUAACCCAUUCACUGGAUGUCUCUGGAGCUGUGCCUCGAGAGAGUGCUGCACUCUGUGUUUGUCUUUAACCGCAGGAAGCCACUGCCUGCCUGCCCAGCGUACACAGUGCAACAGGUAGCAGGCCAGCUAUGCUCACUCAGUGCACUCAGGCUGGUUCUCUUUCUUCAAUUAGGACAUUUCGUGUUUAAUUGCUAGUAAUAUUUUUUAAAAGCACUGUUGGUCUUAGUGGAUUGUUAUUAUUUUUAACUGGUAUUUGAGGCUUUCCUCUGUGUUGUUAGUAUUGAGUAACUGUUUAUUUACUUGUUUUAAAAGCCAUUAUAUUGAGAGAUAAUUAAGUGAAUUACAAGUUAAAUGCCUUUGACCCCUUUUCAUUUUGAGCUUGAGAAAUCUCUUUAUCUUUGUGUUCAAAGAAUUUACAGCUUUCUUAGACAAUCUAUUAUUUCUUGUGUCUAAUAGAGAGGACUUGAGCUGGCAAUGAGGGAGUUCAGUAUAGUAUAUUUUAACAGAUCUCAGUUAUUAAGCUGCACCCAUGCCCUGUCUUCCCCUUGGUGAUGUGAGAAUAGCUGUGUGCUUGUUACCUUGCUUCAUUAUCAUCCUCUCACCUAGAUCAUGGCUGGUGCCAGUGCCACACUCUGUGCCAAGUUACUGUCACUUGAGAAAUGUCAUGAUGUGCUACAUAGAGCUUGCUGAGUGCAUGUGGUGGGAAUUGAAGUAGGCCCAGGAAGGGCUGGCUGGCUCUGGUAGGACCCUGUCACACAUUCCUAGGGAUCAAAUAUGCUGCUUACCCCUCUGUCUCUCUUCUCUGUCUCUGUGUCUGUCUCUCUCUGUCUCUGUGUCUUUCUGCCUCUGUGUCUGUCUCUCUCUCCCUCCCUCCUUCCCCCCACCUUCCCCUCCAUAGCAGCUUUAAAUCAGGAAAGGCAUGGGUGUGGCAGUGUCGAUAAGAUCUAAGAGUUUCCACAGGGAGCAGUUGUCCCCUUGGUCUGCAGCAGUUGCCUCCUGCCCAUCUUCUUGUCCGGAUGGGUACAGGAAGUGGUGCAGGAUGGAGAGCCACUGUCUAGUGAGCAGCAGGUGGCAGUCGAGGAUGCUGAGGUACGGGCCUGGCUCUGUGGAACUGUGCCACCCUCUUCCCCAUACUGUGGGGAACCAGAUACCCAGCAAAAUACGGUUCCAACCUAAUGAUAGACAGUUGAAAAUGUGUUAUUGUUGCGAGGAAGGUUGACUUUGUGUCUGUCUGUCAGCCCUCUCUUCCACACUCCACUGUUUUGUUGCUCUAACAGCAGUGCUGAAGGAAAUGUGAUAUUUGGCUUUCUAACUGGAUAGUUUGGGAGCAGUGGAGGUGUAUGAAUCUAUAAUGGAUUUUAAGUUCCUUUCUCUAAAGCAGUUUUAGGUCAUCCUUAUUAGUAAAUUCAUUUGUCUAGGUUUCUGACUCUUUCUGGUGGGUUUGUUACUUUUUAAAGUUCUUUUUAAAAUAAAUUUCUUGUGCCAGGUAUAUAGUUAGGUUAGACAGACAUCCUGUUUAUGUUAGCAAAUCAGAGGAGUUCUCCUCAGCAUGGAGUUCACUUUAAAUGUGUUCCCCCAUGCAGUAAUGUAGCACUAUGCAGAGAGGGCCAAGCAGUGCCUUGAUGCAUCCAGGAGUUUACACUCCGUGAGCAAGAGAGAGAGUGAGAGAGAGAGAGCAGGACUGAGGGGAUGAGUGUGGGAGAAUGGAAGCAACACCCAGGGGUGGCCUCAGUGAGGUGGUGAGAGAGAGGUGUGCCCUCUCUGUAGUUGGCCUCUUGGGCAGUUAGUUACCACGUGCAUUUGGGAAUGUGUAUUUUAUUUAUUUAUUGGACAGUCAUUACUUGCUUUAAGGGUAUUUUAGGUCAUUUUUUUUCCUAUAGAAGCUGUGAUCCAGUGCAGAAGAAACUUGAGGAAAGCAUAACCUUCUGUGUCUUGUAAUAUGUGGCUGUUCUAACCUGUGGUAUCUUCUGGGAAACUCACAAACUCCAUCGCUGUCUCCGAAGGCUGCUGUUGCCCUUCUGACAACGUGUACAGUUGCUGGUUUGAGCCAGUGUUUAACCAAUGUUUUUAACCUUUCGUUUGUUUGUUUGCGACAGAGGUUUCUCUGUGUAGGUGAAACUCGCUCUGUAGAUCAGGGUGGCCUUGAAUUCAGAGUUUUCCUGCCUUUGCCUCCCCAGGGUUGGGAUUAAAGGCGUGAGUGGCCACUGCCCAGCUGACCUGUGUCUUAAAGGAUAUUUAUGUAUUUAUUUCCAUGUUGCAGCAGUCUCUUUGAAAGUACCUUUCUUUUCUUUCUGGGGCUAAUUGUCUUGGCUUUGUGUCAAAGUGUCGGGUGGUUAUUGCUGUCAGAGGGACCCAAGUAUGAUGAUUCAGAUAUCUGAUUUGUAUCUGUACUGGGUAAGUGAACAGAGGCUGUGGGCCCUUUCUCUAACCUUUUCUCUAAUCACAGAAGUGGAUUUUCUCACUGAGAUGAGUGAUCAGGAUCAGGUUUGAACCCGCCCUUGCCUGUCCUGUCCCCCACUCCCCAUCACACAUGCACUGUGUAGGAACAGCUGGGAGACAGCAUUGGUUGUACCUAAAGCACAGCUGAUGGGUCCUGAGGGAACCCAUAGUUGUCCCUCCACACAGAACGUUCUGUACUCUGAAGGUCCUCCUAGAAUCAGUCAGGAUUGCUGAAGAAGCACCCCUAGGAGAUGAGGCAGCACAAGAUGCUGACAGGUUGUGUGCUGGGGUCUGUUCUCUGUGACAUCCUUUUCCCCUGGAAACAGCGUCAUCCCUGCUCUACACCCUAAAGUCUUUAGACUGAAGUGAGGAUCCAGAUCUAAACUAACAGGACUGUCCUAGAAUUUGGAGAGGAUUUGGCUUCCUAAGAUGAAGCUUUUGAGUGACCUUAGUGUCUAGUGGGCUGAUGGCAGACUCCCUGUCAGAGCUGGCUUUACUAGACGGCUAAUGUUGGGAGCUGUGUGCUGUUGAUGGAGGUAGACAGUGAGGAGAUGGAGGAUAAAUAAUAGCCUGAGUGCUUUGUCACCAUGGAAACUGGAGUUCGUGAGGCCACAGCCCAUGCUGAAGAGCUUUUGAGCAUGGCCCUGACUUGCUCAGUCCAGUGGGCUAUAGGGAAGGUGUUCCCUCACCCAAGGCCUUUCAGCAAGGCUUGCCUGUACACGGCACUCUGUGCUCCCUCGCUCCCUCACUUGACCCCAAAAGGUUUCUUAGGAGAGGCUGUACCUAUUUGUUAUUUUUGAUUAUUUUGGAUAUAUAUAUAUACAUAUUAUGUAACUAUAAAGAAACAGCCAUAUAUAUUGUCUUUUAUAUUCAUGUAAUAUUCUGAAAUUAAAUUUCUUCUGUUUCAUA